AUGUGGUUCUGUUGCCAGCUGUGGCACUGCACUUGUCUUGGGCAGUUCGACGUGUGGAAGGCUUGGAGUCAGGUCGUGCACCCGACAAAAGCAGCUACGCCAACGUCACCAACCAAAUUCGCUGACAGCGGCUCAAGCGAUGAUGUGAGGCCCAACGUUUAUCUGGAGGGUGUUGAUGGAGAAGACCAAUCUUGCGCGUCCCCAUCUACCUCUUCGUUCGAGAUAACAGCAACUGUGAGUAAGGCGCUGGACGUGGUCAAUGAGUCUCCGAGAUCUUCUGGAGGUUGUAUGGCUCUUCCAACCGUUAGCAGAAGUGAAAGUCCUCUAUCAGGAUCAUCUCAUCCGGGCAGAGCCAUGUCUAGGAAUUCCUCUUCGUCUUUUGGAGAGGGUCUAGACUCGGAAGCAGCAGGGGAUCACGGAUAUGAGGAAACACUUUCUGUAGAGUCGAGAACUGAACGGACAGAACUGGAGUCUAGGCUUCACUACUGGAACAGAGAGCACAACGUAUGUGCGAGAGAAUACGAAGAAGAAACGGACGAGAGUUCUCGUUGUCCCGAUUUUGGCAGCAGGGAAGAGGUUAAUACUGACAAAUGUGUGGAAUCAUCCGAGGAAGAAAAAGGUGACGAAACAGGAGAGGAAAAGGAGGUGAUAAAGGUGCGCACCACAUGGCAUUUAAUUGCAUUGUAA